AUGCCGCCGCCUCCCUCCCUUCCGGUGCUUCCGGCGGCGCCGAACCCCGCCGCCGUGCUCCACGCCGCGCUCCUCAGAUCCUCCCCUUCCCGCCUCCCUCCCCGCCUCUCCUUCAACUCCCUGCUCGCCGCCGCCUCCACCUCCUCGCACCCCCGCCUCCGCUCCCUCGCCCUCCCGGCCCUCGCGCUCGCGCACCGCUGCCCCGCCGCCGCCGGCCCGCUCGACUCCUACGCGCUCUGCUCCGCGCUCCGCCACGCCUCCGCCGCCGAGGCGGGGCCCCUCCACGCGCUCGCCGCGAGGUCCGGGUGGCUCGGCAGCGUCUUCGUGUCCUGCGCGCUCGCCGCGUCCUACGGCGGGUCCGGCCGGUUCCUGGACGCCCGCAGGCUGUUCGACGAAAGCCCCGUCAGGAAUGGCGUCUUCGGGAACGCCGUUCUCGCGGCCUACGUGAGCGCGGGGAAGUGGGCUCCGGCUCUGGAGUUCGCGAGGAGGUUUCCGGAGUAUGGGCUGCCGGCCGACGGGUACACGAUGACGGCCGUGGUGAGGGCCUGCGGAGAGACGGCGAAUGGUGAUCUGGGUGGAGAGGCGCACGGGCAUGCGAUCAGGAGGGUCAGAGGUGUGGGGUCCGACGUGUUCCUGAUCAGCGCGCUCGUGGACAUGUACGCCAAAUGCGGGCUCAUUGGACACGCGGAGCGGGUGUUCAGGCUGGCGCUGUGGGGCAACGCUGGUGGAGACGAUGUUGUGCUAUGGACGGCGAUGCUGAAUGCUUAUGGGCGGCAUGGGAAGUGCAAGGAGGUUAUCCAGACUUAUGACCAGAUGGUGGCUUCCGGGGUCUGGCCUGACGAUCUGGCUAUUCUGGCCGUGCUCUCAGCAUGCCAGCAUGCUGGGGAUGUUGCCAAGGGGCUCAAGUAUUUCGAGUCUAUGCGCGCAGAUUACGGGCUGGUGCCUGCACCAGAGCACUACAGUUGUGUGGUCAACAUGCUAUGCCGGGCAGGAGAAGUAGCCAGGGCAUGGGAGAUCGCUAGCAGGAAGGAAUGUGGAGGUAAUAUCGGCGUGUCUACAUGGGGCGCUCUUCUCAGUGCUUGCUGUGAUUGCCGCAAUGUUGAGCUCGGGAGACUGGCAGCUCGGAAGGCAAUUGAACUGGAGCCUAGGAAUGUUGGGAUUUAUGUCGAGCUGUCAAAUUUGUAUGCGAAUGCUGGCUUGUGGGAGGAGAUUAACAAGCUGCGGGAGGUGAUGAAGGACAGGGGUUUCGAAAAGAAUGUCGGAUCUACCUGGGUUGAGCAGAAUUCUUGA